AUGGCCUCAACUCCCUCUAUGCCCUCCUUGAAAUCUUCUUACCUGCUACUGCACCACACCCCCCUCAUCGCAAUCCCGUUCUUAAUCCUCAUCCUCCUCUUCUACCUCUGCGUUGCAUACAUCACCUACCAUACCGAGGGUUACUACCCCUACACAUUCCUAGACGUCGGCAACCACGGCCAGAAGAGCGGUCGUGUAACGGGAUACUGUUUCGGGAUUCUAGCCGCCAUCCUGGUCAUCUUCUUCAUUGUCUAUGGACUGAUUCAUCUGCGUCGCUGGUUGACGCAUGGGAAGAUUAAGCGCGCGAGGAGAGAUCCGCUUUUUCGGGGUGACGGGUUGGGAUUUGGGGGUUUGACUAGGGGGGUUGGGGAGGAGAUGGUUGAGACGAAGGAGGUUCCUGUUUGA